AUGGCGAAGCGAGAGGAGGAAAUGAAUGAAAUUAGGGUGAAGACUACAGAAGAAAUCAACGAAGGGGUGGUCGACCUCAAGGGAGAGCUCCUCAUGCUUCGCCUCCAGAAGUUUACCCACAAUGAGUUCAAAGUCCAGCGAGUUCCAUCGCAUACACAAAAGGGUUACAUUGUCUUUCUCUUUGUCUUGGGGGAAAAAAAACUAUGUUUAUGCUUGGAUUGGUUCAAUGCUGUUGAAACUUUGUGUGUUUUCGGGGUUUUAGUUUUGGGAGGGAACAUCAGGCCUUCAGCUGAGAAUUUGAAAGACAUCCUUGGAUCCGUUGGAGCCGAAGUUGAUGAUGAUAAGAUUGAGCUGCUCCUGUCUGAGGUGAAGGGUAAAGACAUUACUGAGCUUAUUGCAUCUGGAAGAGAGAAAUUGGCAUCUGUCCCUUCUGGUGGUGGUGGUGCUAUUGCAGUUGCAGCAAUAGGUGGUGGCGGCAGUGCUGCUGCUGCUCCUGCUGCAGCAGAGCCAAAGAAAGAGGAAAAGGUGGAAGAGAAAGAGGAAUCAGAUGAUGAUUUGGGCUUCAGUCUGUUUGAUUGAGAAAUUAGGAUAGCAUGUAUGUUUCAAGAUUACUCCAUCAGGGCUUGGUAAAAUCACAAGUUCAUGUUUCUGCAAGCUGUUUAUUUUUUAUUUUUUAAUGUCUGGUUCUGUUUUAAAACUGGGAAGUUAUGCAGAAAUCUUACAGAUUAACUUAGUAUUGUUCUUUCGAAUAUUGCACGUUGUUUUCUGGUCCUUGAGAUAUCGAUAUGAU